UGAAGCUUCAGUCGCUCAGCACCAUUGGCUAGCAAAACAUCAAACAGAUUUAAAAUUUCUAAAGUAAAUUAUCUUUGUACUAAACAUAAAAAAUGGCGAAAUUCCCUUGUUCUCUUACUUCAGUACUGCUGGUUGUCAUUGCAAUUCACAUAAGCUCAAACACAGUGUCAAUGACUUCAGACGGUGAACUUCUGAUAGAUCCUAGAACUAUGUUCAAAUAUCAAAUGCCAGAAACCUGUAUAGGACAAUCGUAUUGUUUUGAGAAGGGUGAUCACUAUCCUGAUGAUAUAAUGCAGAAAUUGAAUUUAAACUUUGAAAUCCAGAACAGUAUCGGUACACGCAAAGGAAGUGACGUUGACGAACCCGAUUGUCCAUCGAACUCAACUGACAGUCCAAUAUACUACAUCGUGGAUAAAAACGAUAUUGUAAGAGUAGUUGUGCAGAUACCCGACAAAUUCCCACAGAGGUUCAACGUCAGGUGGUGCCUGAAUGAAGGAAAGAUCAAGAGCGACACUAAACAUUUUAUGGCUUCAACAACUCUCAAAAAAUAUGAUGUCGAAUGCGUUAGCAGCAAAUUGGAAUUCGACUUUAUUGUGCUAAGCUUGGAAUCGGAUGACAAAAUAGAGAUCGCUACAACCAACCUCCCAGUAUGCUGCAAAUGCCGAUAUGAGCUUAAAAAAAACUAGCACUUGAAACCCUAAACUGAUGUUAAUAAAAAAUAUGUAUAGACUGACUUUGUAAAGUAGAUUUUU